CCGUAUCAUCCCGACUAUCUGACUAAAUGGAGAUGGUGUAAAGUGACUCCACCCGGUUUAAUGCGUGUACAGAUUGACAGUUUCUACAGACGUCAGACUCAGUGGAUUGUCUAAAUCUGGGCAAAUUUCAAUCUCACAAUAUGAAACCAUGACAUAAUUUAAGAAGUCUUCUUCAGUCACAUUUUGUGUGUGUUAGUUUCUGUGCAGAUAAAACCAUAUAACAGAAAAUUGGCAGGGGGAACCAGGGAACGCCGAGUGCAUUGUUUUUUUCCAAUCGACGUGAAAUCCCAGAAUGACCAUGGAGGAUGACAAUGACGCCUCUUCACUCGAGUCGUUCGCACUUCACGUGGUGCUGUUUCCCAUUCUAGAUGAAUUGGAGAAGAUAGAUUUGUCGGCCGCGCAGACCCUGAGGGCGGCCUUCGAGAAGGCCGAGAAGCAGAACCCGGGCAUCAGCCAUGACAUCAUCAGUGGCGUGCUGGAAUCUCGGUCGGCCGGUGUCGCUCUCAACACCGAGUGCAUGCUGAAGCUCGCAGCUCUGGACAGUGAAGAGUACACUCUGAGAAGAAAAGAAGACGUCUUUGAGAAGCUCAACGAGCAGGCCAGGGAACUGAAGAAGAUCUUAGCACGACUGCCGGACGAGAUCGGAGACCGGCCCAAGUUCCUGCAGACAAUCAAGGACAUAGCCAGCGGAAUCAAGGACUUGCUGGAAGCCCUCAACAGGCUCAUCAAAAAGCACGGAGCGGGACGUCUGAAGGACCGCAAAAGCGUGCUCGAUGCACACAAAAAGGAGUUCAUCAACUCGUCCAAGAACUUCAGCGACACGCUCAAAAUCUACUUCAGGGACGGACACAUAAACAACGUGUACAAGAGUGCCAACAAACUGGUCAACGACACAAACACCAUCUUGAAAAUGCUCAAGAGCGUAGGGAAUUGAUCUACCAAAAAAAACAGACCUUGUCCCUGGUUUUCAUGCAGUUUAUAGCAUGGAAAUAAAAUAAGUAUCCUGUAGUUCUAAUUUCGUAGAAGUUUGAGCCUACCCAGAUUUUUUUUUUUUUGGCAAACGCAAGUAGGCCUGCGUUUUAUACAAACCUAGGUGAAACGCGCACUGCGGACUUUAUUCAUUUAUCUGUUGCUGGCUGUUUUAGAAUAAACUAUUCACUUAUAUAUUCAGGGAAUUUCAUCGGAUGUUGAGCAUAUGUGUGUGUAGGUACGGGGUAAUGCUUUAAGUAGCACAGGCCUUUUUCGUGAGGCGGCCAUUUUUCAUCUUGUCCCCUGUAUCCAUGUUAUUUAUUGCACCCAUGGGAAUGGAGAGAUGCCAGCCUAUUUUGAAAAUUCGAACAAAAAAAAGUCUUUUCAGAAUUUGCUUGUGGUCCAAAAAAGUGUGAAAUUUCUUUGUAUCCAUGGUUUAGAAUGAAUCAUCCCCUCGCUGCUAAUUUAACGUAGAUAAUGUAAUGCUUUCCUGUGUAACAUCAAGUUUACUUUCUACUUACCAAAGAAAAGUAUUUGCACCUGCCUUUUCAGUUAAAAUGGCCGACUCACGUUAAAGAGAAGUUCUUGUUGGGGUCAGUAGCAAGUCUAUUUUCCUCAGUUUCUUUGGUGCACUAUGAAAUUAUGACACCGUGAAAUAGAGACUCAUUGACCUCAUUGCACAUGACUGGGGACACAGAGCAAUGAGAAUGCAGAGAGGCUGGAGGUCAAGAUUCCAUGUGACACCAGAACCUCUUCAUAGCUCUGCUAACAAGCCUAAGGGGAGAAAAGUGAAUUUUGCCAACAACCAAGCAUGGACAGUACGCUCAAGGCUGUGAUUCCGCAUGUAAGUCUGAUCAUGGUUGAAACUCGUACUUCACAAACGUUUGAUCAGAAUGGCGACAAAAACCAUUCUGUUGUCGUGCAGAGGCCUCGUUUUGCAAGUGAACAAAGGCGCCGUUUGGAAUGUGCGUGUUUUUGGCACUGUUUACGGGAUAAACAGUCUUCUCUGUUUAUGCUGCAGUGUUGGCUCGAACUGCUGCAACAACCAGUUUAUGUACAAAUUCAAGGCUGGCCUUUGGGGGAACAACUUUACUAUCGUAUGUCUUAUGUUUAUGGCAUCAUCACAUGUUACUGAACUGGAGUUGUUAAUGAUAUGUACCAGUUACGGGAGCCAAAGGUAGCAUUAUGCUAUUCUUUUCACAAGAGCCUCCGUGCAGAGGAGACAAGAAAAAUGUGCUCUGGUUAUGCAUGUUGUUCCUGAGCAUGCAUGGCUAGUUUUCAUCUGAAUGCGCACAAACUGCUUGCGUCCUGGUGCCGAUGCACAAAGUGGAAAGGACUUCCAAGUGGCUUUCUCGUGUCUCCUAGGGUUUUAGAAAUCUCAGCUCUGUCUCCAACUUCAGCUCCAUGAUGUUUUUACCCCACCCCACCCGUGGCUUGUUUUAGCUCGGUUUCCUCAUACAAACCUCAUAUUGUCCCAAUCCAAGACCCGUAUCUGAAGUAAUUUUGUUCUGUAACUGCAGUAGAUAUUCAAAAAUGAUUAUGGAACUUACCAUCAAGCCAGGACAGAGGCAAAGUUGAGAUAUGAAAAAGUGUUUUGUCACUGUCAGUGGGGUACUUGCACCAUGGAAAUCAUCGUACCUGUACCGGCCUAGCAAAAUGAGUCUUUUCACCAGAACCACUUUUGAAUUUGAAGGCAUGCAAACAGAUUUUGCGUGGUUGUUAUUAAUUAGAGCCCUGAUCAUUUUUUCACCCAUCUAAAGGGCCGGUUCAUACUUCGCGCGUAAGCAAACACCAACGGGAAUUUGAGACGUCAAAUCACAUAUUUGUUGAGCACAUUUCGAGUUCAACUUGAGUGACAUUUCGCUGCAGAUCUUUUGUGCAGUCAAAUUCACUUUGCUUUCUCAUUUGCCUGUAGUGUAAACAAGCCUCAGUGCUCUUUUUUGUCAGUGUCAAACCAAGUGAUACAUGAAACCCAAGAGCUGCUCCAAC